CAUCAGGUAUGCAUUCAGUCAGUGACAGUGGUGCUGGAUGAAGAUGCAAGUCAUCAAAUCACCUUGACCAGAGAAGGGGAGGUGAUAAUCGGUGUCAACCCAACCCCCACCCUGCCUUAUGUUGACGAUGCAGUAAAUGUGCACAGACUGACCUCUGUGGUUACCCAGCUAAAAACAGGGAUUGGUUUACGCCUGCUUUAUGAUGGCCAAGGAGGGCGGGUGUACUUGCAGCUCGGCAGCCAGUGGCGUGGACAAACACUGGGACUCUGUGGAACUUUUAACGGAAACCUACGAGACGAUUUCCUGUCUCCAGCAGGGAUGAUAGAAGGUACUCCUCAGCUUCACGCCAAUGCUUGGAAAGUGUCGUCUGCUUGUGUCGCUCCGGUUAAUCUGCCCAUUGUAGACCCGUGUGAGACGAACCAGCACAACGCAUAUUAUGCUUCCCAGUGUGAUGUGCUUGUGGAGAGUGUGUUUGCUCCGUGUCAUGGCUACAUUAGUCCAAACAUCUACCAGCAGCAGUGCCGCUACCAGGCCUGUCGCUGUGGGAGCAGCUGCCUGUGCACUGCGCUGGCUCACUACGCUUACCUCUGCUCCAAACAUGGAGUCGACCUUAAUUUCAGGUCGCAAGUCUCUGAGUGCGGAGUUGUAUGUCUGGGAGGAAUGCAGUACCACUCAUGCGUGUCUUCCUGUGGCCGGUCCUGUCGUGGUCUUGCCAACACCGAGACCUGCAGCCCAGCUGACUGCGCCGAAGGUUGCGCCUGUCUAGAUGGCAGUUACUAUGACGAUGUGCGCAGGCGCUGUGUGCAGUUGUCACAGUGUCACUGCUACUCCAUGGGUGGUGUGUCGCAGCCAGGAGAAGUGACCUUCACUGCAUCUGGCCCUUGCCUGUGCAGAAGUGGGAAGAUGGAGUGUGAGCCAGAAGAAAAAGAACCAGACAGCGUAGAAGAGGGAGAGUGUCCAGAAGGAAAAGUGUACCACAGCUGCAGAGAGCAGAGAGGAGGCGUGGCUUGUGCACCGACCUGCCGUAACCUGAUGUUGAACCUCACCUGCCCUCCCAACACACUGUGCAUACCAGGCUGUGUUUGUCCUCCAGGGCUCGUGCUGCACCAGGGGGAAUGCUACUAUCCAGAGAACUGCCCCUGCGCGUGGCUUGGACUUGAAUACCUGCCUGGACAAGUUGUGGAAACAUCUUGCUACAGAUGUGUGUGCCAUCGGGGCUAUUUUAACUGCAGCUACUCUCCAUGUCCAGCUGUGUGUACUGUGUACAGCGACAGACACUAUCACACCUUUGAUGGCCUUGAAUAUGACUACCAAACCGACUGCCAGGUCUACCUGCUUAAAAGUGCUGGAGAAACCGAAGUAUCCAUUGUUGCCCAAAACAAGGACUGCUAUGAGAGCGGCAUUGUGUGCAUGAAAAUACUGGUCAUUCAUGUGGGACUGACCAAGAUCUACUUCACUGACAACUCUGGCAAUCCAAGUCCUUCUACUGUUGUGGGUCGAGAGUCAGAGUUUGAGAUCUGGAAUGCAGGUUACUACACCGUGGUCCACUUCUCCAGUCAGGAUCUGACCAUCCUCUGGGACCGCAAGACUACUGUACAUAUAAGAGCUGGACCCCAUUGGAAGGGUCUCCUCAGUGGCCUGUGUGGAAAUUUUGACAGUGUGACAGUGAAUGAUAUGACCACUUCUAGCCACAUGGAAGUCAAUAACGCGCAGACAUUUGGAAACAGCUGGGCCCUGGGACAGUGUGAAAGUGACUACAUAGUUGAGCGACCGUGUGAACGGGACUUGGGGAGACAGCCGUACGCUAAGAGGGAGUGUGCGCUCCUCUACAGCGAUGUCUUUGCACCCUGUCACAACGUGGUUGAUGUGGCCUGGUUUUAUAGGAACUGCCUAACAGACACUUGCAACUGUAACCGCGGGGGAGACUGUGAGUGUCUCUGUACGUCCAUUGCUGCGUAUGCACACAAAUGCUGCCAACAGGGGGUCACGAUACACUGGAGGUCUCCCUCUGUGUGCCCCUAUGACUGCGAAUACUAUAAUCAAGAGCUCGGCGAUGGCCCAUUUUCCUUGGUGAGUGCUGUCUUUAAUGACACCAUGUUUGGAGUGAAUCGUACCAGCAGCGCAGUGUUUCCACUUACGAGAGAAAGACCGGGACAGUUGCCAGCUCCCGGCAUUCUGUUCAACUUCAUGAUCACUACAGGGCUUUGGAGGAACAGGACAUCACGUGUUCCUGUAGUUUCCCUUGAAUCUGCAGAGAGGCCAAACUACUUCUUCACAGUGUCAGGACGCAGCCGUCUCCAGUUGGAGCAGUGGAGUCGAGGGCCAGAGUUUAGCCGCAGAGCCACCUUCAUCCAGCACCAGGGUCUGUUUCUACCAGGUUACGCUUCGUUCGAAGUGGUCAGCCAACCUGGAGUCUUUCUGACGCUCACACGCGGAGCGGCUCGAGCGCAGAGAUACAGCACUGCAGAGGGCUUCAAGACCAGCAGCAGCUUCACACUCGAGGACAGUCCUUUUGUUAUACCAUACCGCAUGAUGUGCGAAUGGCGUUAUCAGGCUUGUGCAAGUCCCUGCGUGCACACAUGCAGUGAUCCAGAUGCGACCCGCUGCCAGUUCCUGCCUCCGGUGGAAGGCUGUUUCCCUCGCUGCCCAAAAAACAUGGUGCUGGAUGAAGUCACAAGACGCUGUGUCUACUCAGAGGACUGUGUUAUGCUCCCCUCAACUCCAACGCCUUUUGCAUAUGUGACUCGGUCCAACAGAACCACUACGCCACCACCAACUCCAACUACAACCGCGAAAGCAACAACAAUCUCCUCCACCACUGUUAGUCCCACCACAUCUGCACCCACCACCACCACCGCACCGACUGUUCCCACCACAACGGUAACCACUAAACCAGUCACUACUCUGCUUACAACAUCUCCAACCACGACUCCUGCUUCUACUACAACCAUCGUUACCACGACUCCAUUUGAGACUUCCACCCCCAGUACAACCGUGAUGAGCCCCACUCCAACCACAGAGAUCACCUCAACUACUCCCUCCACUUCACCCACGACAGUCCCGAAAACUACUCCCGAGGUUACCACACCAACUACACCGCUUGCGACGUCCCCAACCACCCUGCCACCAACGACCACCGUCAUCACAACUGUCCCCACCACGACUGUACCUGAAACCACGCCCACAACUACGUCACAACCAGAAACAACAAUCACCACAGAGAUUUCCACCUCAGUGGAAACGACCACAGCCCUUCCUUCAACUGAGCCCACCACUGUUACCAGCACAGAGAUGAUCACAAGCCCUGAAACUGAAGAAGUGUCUACCAGGAUCCCUUGGCCCACUGGUCCAUGCACACCUCCAUUCUCCUAUCGUAUCGAUGAGUGUGCCGAGCUAAUUUGUUUCAACGGAGAGCUGCUCUUUCACAACUCCUCUCUCCACUGUCGCUACAAUACUGCCCCCCCUCAGUGCAGUCUGCUGGGCCUGCCUAUCCUCAUCAACACAGACCCCUGCUGCCCACUGUGGCAGUGCCCAUGUCGCUGCACUGUGAUGUCAGAUCUACGCGUGAUCACAUUUGAUGGUAACAAUGUGGCCUUGUAUGACAACGGUUCUUACAUUUUGGUUAACCUGCCGAGAGAGACGAUUAUUGGCACAGUGGAGAAAUGUCCAACCAGCCAGAGCGUAAACUCCAUCAGACGAACUAGUCCUACUGGUGGAACAUCUGGUCUUUGUUUCAAGAAGCUCAACAUCACUACUUCCAACUACAGAAUCAUUGUCAACAGACUCGAUCGCAAGGUGACUGUGAACUACAGACCUGCUAAGCUCCCAUUCUCACGUCACUCCCUCUAUGUGGAAGAUACAGGCAGCAUGUACCUGAUCCACACACCUGGCAGCAUCAGCAUACAGUGGUAUCACAGCACAGGGAUUAUGGUGCUGCAGUACAACGCGCCUAGUCAUGCGUUCGUCCCCACUCGUGGCCUGUGUGGUUGCUGUGAUGGGAAUCCAGAAGAUGACCUGAAACUCCCGAACGGCACGGUGGUCAGAGAGGUGGGAGACAUGAUGCUCUUUCUGCAGGCGUGGAGAGUCCAUUUGACAGAUGAGACCGAACACACACGCAGGGUGGGAGACAACUGCACCACAGGGGACUGUUCCACCUGUCUGUCUAUGCUCACCCAGAGAGCCUUCACACCAUGUCAUAGCAAGGUGCCUCCAGAGCAGUUCUGUGACAUCAUGUGGGCAGGAGACUUGCAUUACAAGGAUCAUCAGUGUGACUUUCUGGCUGCUUAUGUGGCAGUUUGUUACACGCACCAAGUCUGCAUCAGCUGGAGGCGGCACAACUUCUGUCCAUUAAGGUGUCCGCCUGGUAAAGAGUAUCAGCCCUGUGUAAGCACCUGCAACAGCCGCACUUGUCUGAACAAAGACUACUACGAGGAAACCACCUGCUCUUUCAUCAGGGAGGAGUGCGUGUGUCGCAGUGGAACCAUCCUGCACCGAGCCGACUCUCCCUAUUGUGUCACCGAAGAUCGAUGUGUCUGCACAGACAACGAAGGCAACCCCCGGGCCCCAGGAGAGGUGUGGAACGGCUCCACUCGAAGCUGUUGCCUGUACAAAUGUAUGGAGAACGGCUCUGUGGUGGCGGUCGAGCCAGACUGCAGUGCUGUCCCGACGCCGCUGUGUGAGAGGGAGGGAGAAUAUGUGCUGGAUGUACUGGAGGAAGGGUCCUGUUGCCCUAAGAAGAUCUGUGAGUGCAACAUGACCAUCUGUGACAGUGAAGCUCCACCUUGCGAUAAUGGAAACAGACUGGUCAUUGGUUACAGCGCACUCUCCUGCUGCCCGGAAUACCGAUGUGAGUGUGACCCUAUGGCGUGCCCUCCUGUCUUUGCUCCCGACUGUAGAGAAGAUCAGUUCCUUGUCGAGGUCAGGGGUCAAAAAUCCUGCUGCUACUCUUACCUUUGUGUGUGCGAGACGUGCAUUGAACCCAUUCCCAGUUGCUCUCACGGAGAAAUUCUGGCUGUCGAUCCAAAUACCACCAACAGCUGCUGUCCCCAGUACCACUGCGUGUGUGAUGUUAAUCAAUGCCCUAAAUCAUCUCUGAGCUGUGCACCUGGUCUCUCUUUGGUUGAAACUGCUGCACCCGGUGACUGCUGUCCCCAGCAUCACUGUGAAUGUCAAUGUGAAGACCGAGCUCUCCCCAUGUGUCAGCUGGGGGAGGUGCAGGUUGAAGUUCCUGACAGCAGCACCAACUGUGGCUGUCCUCAGCAUGCAUGUCAGAAGGCUGAGGUGUGCCUUUUCCAAGGAGUGACAGUUCUGGGUCCAGGCCAGUCCCUGGUCCAGUAUUUUGAAGGAGAGCUGUGCUACACUGUCCAGUGUCUUCCUUACAAAGACCCACAGACUGGCUUCUAUGCAAUGGAAAUCACCUCUGUUAACUGCUCCCAAAAGUGUGGAUCGCACCAGGCAUACGUCCCUUCUACAGACCCUCAAGUGUGCUGUGGCUCCUGUAAAAACAUCUCUUGUACUUUCACCAACGAAAAUGGGACAGCAGAAUUUUUCACUGCAGGGAGUUCCUGGGUGGAAAACUGCACGCGUUAUGAUUGCGUGGAGACAGCGGUCGGAGCGGUGAUACUUGCAUCUGGUGUUAUCUGCCCUCCUUUUAAUGAUUCAGAAUGUAUUCAGAGCGGGGGUGUAGUUCAGAGCUAUGUAGACGGCUGCUGCAAGACAUGCUCUGGACUGGGUGUUUUACCGUUUACCGUUAACCCCAUAACACCCACUGGUAGUACUAACUGUGAUACAGGUAAAGAGGAUGGGAAGACGUGUAAGCGUGUGGCCAUUCGGACCACCAUUAGGAAGGACGACUGCAGGAGCAACGCACCAGUUACAGUGUAUUCAUGUGAUGGAAAAUGUCCAUCUGCCACCAUAUUCAACUUUAACAUCAACAGUCACGCAAGGUUCUGUAAGUGCUGCCGUGAGAGUGGACUACAAACACGGACCGUCUCGUUGUACUGCUCUCGGAACGCCAGCAUGGUGGACUACAACUUCCAGGAACCUCUUGACUGUUCCUGCCAAUGGAACUAGAAAUAUGAAUAAGUGUGUGACCAACAUAAAAUUAUUUUUUGGGGGGUGCAUUUGGAUUAAUAUUGUAAAACUGGCCAACCAUGAAUAAAAAACAGCCAUUUUUAUUUUAUUUUAUUUUACUUUUUUAUGAUAGCCGACUGGCUUGUGUCGCAGUUUUGAUAGAAUUAUUGAUGCGAGUCUUCCAGUAGUUUUGUCUGCACUUUAGUUGUGUAUUUUAUUAAAACCAGCUCUGUGAACCCCUGUCAGUUUUACUUGGGCUUCCAGAUUAGUUGUGCAUUUUUUUUCUGCAUAUCAACAGCUAAUAGGUUAAAACAGCAGUUCCUACAUUGAUACCAAUGUUGUAUUCAGAUUAUAAAUUGGCAUUUUCUUUGCAUUAUCUGAUAAAUAUAACUUUGUGGUGUGGUUCUAUAGAAAAUUUAAGCAGUUGUUUUUUUUUUUUGUUUUUUUU